GGAGGCAGAACGCUCAACAACAUUUAGUGAAAUUAUCGUUUGUUAUAUAUUGGGACUUAGUGGUUUUAAAACAAACAAUUGUAUCAUGAAUAAAUUCACCAGGGCUCUGUUUUACGCACUUAACAUAACGGUCGCCGCAUUCGCCAGAGAACCAUCUUGUCCCGUUUGUUCUCGUUACGAUUAUGAAGAGCGAAUACUAGAAAGAGUAUUGACUAAUGAACUGGACAUGAAAAAUAUGGUAAAAGAAAUCAGAGAGACCAAUGCCAAGGUGGAAGCUGCAUUGAACGUGUUUCAAGAAGACAAGACCGAGUUAGCCACUGCAAUGAUAAAACUGACAAAAACGCAAGACGAAAUGAAAUUAAAAUUGGACGAUGCCAUUAAUGGAGCUCUCUUGAACAUUUCUAAAGCAGUGGCUGAGAUGACGACCAAUACUUCGGGGGCCAUUACACUUGUGCAAAAGGAAAACAAGAUUUUGAAAGAUCAAUUAGUGGUUCCUGUGAUAUAUUUCUACGCCCGAACCCCAGCACAGCUAACCAUGACGCCGGGACACGACGUCAUUUUCACUUCUGUGAAUGUUAAUGAAGGUCAAGGCUAUAACCCAUCCAAUGGCAGAUUCACUGUGUCAGUCGCCGGCCUGUAUGUGUUCACAGUUCAACACUGCAUCCAAUAUGUGAAGUAUUCCGACCUGGAAAUUGUUCACCAAGGGAAAACACUGCAACGGGCAGUGUACCAGGAUGGUGAUAGCCUCAACUCGUGUUCCGCUAUGCAGGCAUUUACAAUGGCUACAAUGGCGGAUCAAAUAUGGGUGAAGACCACGGGAGCGUGUUUUUUCUUUGAGGACUCUAUUCGCUAUACAUCAUUUUCCGGCGCACUGAUUCAUACAUAAGAUACUUACAUGACUGUAACAUACAGUAUCCGACUUUUUACGCAGUCACAAGGAACGUACAUGUAGAGCAGUGCAUUUGUUCUUAUUUCAACGUUGACGAACGUAAACGUCAUAUCUUUUAAAAAUAAAAUGAAUUUCGUCUUCUAUGAUUUCGUAGAAAAAAAGCUUAAUUACAUUCACUUUGUAUCCAUAAUACAAUGCGGCUACGGCAUGCGAUGGUAGUAUUGGUAGCAUUAUUGUCACAUCUAUAUACAAACAAGAAAUUAUAUGUAAACAUUUCUGUCUGAAAAUACACUUGAUUGAGGUUUUAGACAAGCGUUUAAAAUGCAAUUAUUUCUGGGGUAAGUAUGAGAUUCGGGUUUGCAAUUAAUGUUCCUAGCCUGUGUUCCAAGUUUUAAUAAUUGUAUGGCUUUAGUUGUCGAUGUUCUGUUAUAAAAGAAGUCCAAAAUAAAAUAAAGAUAUCCUGAUA